AUGCAGAGACCACGGCCGCCGUCGGCGUCGACUUCACCACACUCCCAUGCAGGUCCAGAAGGCGUGCCUGGAUCGGCGUCCCGCGCGAGAUGGCACAUGUCGCGGUCGCGGUCCCGGACGCCGUCGCAGUCCCGCUCGCCGUCGAGAUCAAGACGCAGCGCGUCGCGGCCGCCGUCCAGACACAGCUCCAGGGACUCGUGUCGCCGCGUGCCCUCGCAGCAGGAGAAGGAGCACAACCGGGGCAAGCUCAUCAAGGACUCGGCCGGCCUGCUGCUGGGCAUCGGCGUGGCGGCCGUUGUAGCGCACAAGUUCUGGCCAAAGGGCAUGCUGUACGGCGCCAAGGAGGAGUGGGAGACGCGCCUGGACAAGGCCAGGGACAAGGUGCUUGGGGUCCCAAGCGACAAUGGCCAUGGCCCAGACGUCCGUCGGCGGGAGAGGGGUCGUAGUAUUAACAGGGACAGGGCUUACCACUACGAGAGCGAGAGACUGGCCGUGGAACGAGGUCCGGUUCCUCCCUUGCGGAGGAGCACAAGUUGUCGGGAACGAGUUCCCAGAGCACGAAGCUUGGGACCGGUCCGGACGCGAGUCUACCAAGAGGCUGUUGACACCGCGAGGUGGGAGAGACUGGGGCCUGGGCACCAUCAACAGGCUAGAGGUGAGCCAUCGUAUGCCUCUGAAGGACAUUCUCAUCUACCAUAUGUUGAUUUGGAGCACCGGGCUCGUCGUGAAGAUGACUUUAUUGUAGUGGAGAGAGACUUGCCGCGACAUGGUGGCCGUGGGUAUAGAUGA